CCCAUCUCCAAACAACAGGAAAAAAGAAAAAGAGGGGGGAAAAACAAUAACAGUGAAGGUUUUGAUCGCAGAUCUAUUCGCGCCAUGGAUCGAUCCACGAGAAAACGAGGAUCUUUGAUCCUGUUCGGGCUUGUUGUCGCUGGAUCUCUGUUUGCAUUCUCAAUCGCAAAGGAGGAAGCCACUAAGUUAGGAACCGUCAUCGGUAUAGAUCUUGGAACCACCUAUUCAUGUGUUGGGGUCUACAAGAAUGGACAUGUUGAAAUUAUAGCUAAUGACCAGGGGAACCGUAUUACCCCUUCAUGGGUGGCCUUCACUGACAGUGAAAGGCUGAUUGGUGAGGCUGCAAAGAAUCAGGCAGCAGUGAACCCAGAAAGAACCAUCUUUGAUGUCAAGAGACUUAUUGGACGGAAAUUUGAAGACAAAGAAGUUCAGAGGGAUAUGAAGCUUGUUCCUUACAAGAUUGUCAACAAGGAUGGAAAACCUUACAUUCAAGUAAGGAUCAAGGAUGGGGAAAUCAAGGUUUUCAGUCCUGAGGAAAUCAGCGCCAUGAUUUUGACCAAGAUGAAGGAGACAGCUGAAGAAUUCCUUGGGAAGAAAAUUAAGGAUGCUGUUGUCACCGUUCCAGCAUACUUCAAUGAUGCUCAGAGGCAAGCAACUAAGGAUGCCGGUGUGAUUGCUGGCUUGAAUGUGGCUAGAAUUAUCAAUGAGCCUACAGCUGCUGCCAUUGCUUAUGGUCUUGAUAAGAAGGGUGGCGAGAAGAACAUCCUUGUCUUUGACCUCGGUGGUGGAACUUUCGAUGUCAGUAUCUUGACAAUUGACAAUGGAGUUUUUGAGGUCUUGGCAACUAAUGGUGACACCCAUUUGGGAGGUGAGGAUUUUGAUCAGAGAAUAAUGGAAUACUUCAUCAAGCUAAUCAAAAAGAAGUACGGAAAGGACAUCAGCAAAGACAACAGAGCUCUUGGCAAGCUAAGAAGAGAAGCUGAGCGAGCCAAAAGAGCUCUUAGCAACCAGCACCAAGUCCGUGUUGAAAUUGAAUCUCUCUUUGACGGCACUGAUUUCUCUGAGCCACUGACAAGAGCCAGGUUCGAAGAAUUAAACAACGAUCUGUUCAGAAAGACAAUGGGCCCAGUGAAGAAAGCCAUGGAAGAUGCAGGACUGCAGAAGAGCCAGAUCGAUGAGAUUGUGCUGGUUGGUCAAUUUCACCUUUUUUUCAACUCCUCCCCCCACCCCUGCCACCCCCACACACACACACCCCAAAAAAAAUCUGAACCUGAUGGGAAAUUGAAGAAAGGAGUUACUCUGCUUAAUUAUUUACUAAACAACACCGAAUGUUCUCAAUUGUGAAUGCACUGAUUCAAUGCAGACAUUCUUCUUUUGGAUGUGGCCCCUCUUACUCUCGGUAUCGAGACCGUUGGUGGAGUCAUGACCAAGUUGAUUCCUAGGAACACCGUCAUCCCCACCAAGAAAUCUCAAGUCUUUACCACUUACCAAGAUCAACAGACUACCGUCUCUAUUCAGGUUUUCGAAGGUGAGAGGAGUCUAACUAAAGACUGCAGGUUGCUGGGGAAGUUUGAUCUAUCUGGAAUCCCUCCAGCACCCAGGGGCACUCCUCAAAUUGAGGUCACCUUCGAGGUCGACGCCAAUGGCAUCCUCAACGUAAAAGCUGAAGACAAGGGCACAGGAAAAUCCGAAAAGAUAACCAUCACCAAUGAAAAGGGCCGCCUGAGUCAAGAAGAGAUUGACCGAAUGGUUCGCGAGGCAGAGGAGUUCGCCGAAGAGGACAGGAAGAUCAAGGAGAAGAUUGAUGCCCGCAACCAAUUGGAGACCUACGUGUACAACAUGAAGAACACGAUCAGCGACAAGGACAAGCUCGCCGAUAAGCUUGAGAGCGAGGAGAAGGAGAAGGUGGAGGCGGCGCUUAAGGAGGCGUUGGAAUGGUUGGACGAUAACCAGAACGCAGAGAAGGAGGAGUAUGAGGAAAAGUUGAAGGAGGUGGAGGCUGUUUGUAAUCCGGUAAUCUCGGCAGUUUAUCAGAGGUCUGGAGGAGCUCCGGAGGGUGGUGCUGAGGGCGGUGAUGAUGAUGAGCAUGACGAGCUUUAGAUGAAUAGAAAUUUGAGGAGGAAUGAGCAUUUCUUCUAAUUUUGUAGUAAGAGUGCAGAAGGGGGUAGGGAGGGAUGGUUUUUAUUGUACAAGCCCCCCUGAAGUACACAAUUCUGAUCUCUACGGAUAGCCCCUUGAAUAUUCUUAGUUGAUAAAAAAACAUUUGAUGUUUUUUUUAUAAUGUUGAUGAAAGGUAGAUAGUUUCCCCU